AUGUACGAAGCGGCACAGUUGUUAAAACAUCAAAUAAAGCAGUGUAAAGGCAUAUCUAUUUAUCCAGGAAGUGUGAAUGAUAUAGAUCAAGCAACAGCUAAAAAUGUAGUAACUGGAGACCUAUACCUUUUCUUGCGUUGGUUGAUUACCAAUGACGGUGUGGAUGUAGAUGCUGAGUCAGAUUGCAGUAAUGAUUCAGAUGAACGAAAAGUUCUUUGUCUCACUCAAGAUGUAAUUCACUGCACGUCUCAUGGUCGGGUAAACCUGGGUCUCGUCAUGUCUGUGCACCAUUUGACUGGAUCUAAACAGUGUCCAUUCUCAAUCUUAUGGGCGUACUGUUCAUGCUACAGCGAAAUAGAAACUGUAGACACUGCUCUAGCAAGAGAGUCUCUGGCAAAGUCGGAGUGUGAUGGCACUGUCAUACCUUCUAAUAUAACACCAGAUACGUUUAUUCAGUUUGCGGCAGAUAACAACGACAUAAACGAGGAGACGCUUGACGGAAAGGAUACAACACAUGCUACAACAUUAGUUGUUUAUCAGCAGAAGCCAUUUGGCCCAAUGCCACGGAAAGAAGUGCUUGCCAAUCAUACCAAGAAGAAAAGGUCUCUGACAAAAGUUAACAGCUGUGACGAAAUUUUGGAAUGUUGA